UUCCCGUGGGGCUGCUCGGCCCGCCCAGAGUAAAAUGGAGUCUCCUGAGACCUUCAUGAGAAAACAGCCCAUCACACCAGGAUACAGUGGCUUCAUACCAUGGCUCAGUUGCCAGGGAACCCCCAGCGAGGACCACAUGAAUCACUGUGUGACAGCCUUCCAGGAGAGAACGCAGAGAUACAAGGAGCAGAUGCAGGAAUUGAACUGCUCUGUGGCUAGUGCCCCAGCUCUGAAGCCCAUCUGCUCCGAGGACACAGUCCUAUGGACGCUGCAUGAGUAUGCCAAGAAGUACCACCCCUUGACUCUGGAAUGCAAGAAUGUGAAAAAACCAUUGGACGAGCCCCCCAUCCCUGGCUGGGCAGGCUUCCUGCCCAGAGCCAGGGUCACUGAAUUUGGCUGUGCCACAAGGUAUACCAUCAUGGCCAAAAAGUGCUACGAGGACUUCCUGAAUCUGAUGGAGCAGGCCAAGAGGGCACAUCUGAAGCCAUAUGAUCAAAUAUAUGGUGUGAGCUCUGCACAGCCUCCUGACCCUUCUCCAAAAGUCUCACAGCUCCAAGGUCUCCCACCUGAAUUUUCUGUGCCGGGUAAGCUUUCUCUUCCAGGUCUAACACCUGCAAGUGAGGCCUCCCAAGCUCCUGAAACCUGUGGCUGUGCUCAGUGGUCCAGUCUGUCGUGCAGCAGGAAUGUGUAUGGAGAGCCACCAUCCUCAGCAAAGACCUUUGCAGAGGGCUAG